AUGUGGUGGUGUGCUCACGAACAGGUUGCUUCCAAAGAAAAUCUCUUCCAUGAUUUAUUUCAAGGAAGAAAUCAACUGAAAAGUGAAGGAACAAACUUUAGCUGCUUGGCAGCAUAUUUACGAGGCAUUAUUAAACUUUAUUCUAGUGGCAGUACUUAUCUCAGAGAUUUAUGGAAUAAAAAAGUUAAAAUUAAUCUUAAGAAGAAAUUUGAAAUUUUUGUCACUUUACGUGUUUGGGCUGAAAUUUAA